AUGGACACUUAUCUCAACAACACGCCUAAGCAGACAUCAAAGAACAUGGACAUCAUUGCUGCCAUAAAUGAGAUCGAAUACGCUUCCUUUGCCCUCGCCAUAGCCCGCCCGGACGGCCAGAUUGAUACCUUGGUUUCUACUGAAAUAAAGACAGACCCCAAACUCCUCUUCACACCCGACUUUCAGGACAUGCUCCUAAAUGUUUUAGGCCGCCAGCCUAAGACCUGCGACCACGCCGUCACUACCCUUUCUACCGAAAUGAUUCAGAUCGGGGACGAUACUGCCCGUAACGCUGUCUACUAUAAGUGCCUUACAGGUAUACAACAGCUUGCAUGCAGGGCUAUUGGAAAGACAUGGGUGAAGCUCCUCGAGCCCAAAAAGCAAGAGCGCAUCCCCCUCCUUAUACACAUCCUGGGCCUUGUUGUAAGCCAAGACCCUAACAGCCCAGCCCAGCAGCAUGGUAUCACUGUUACUAAACUCAAAGAAGUCACCUACAACGUUAUGACACCCUGGUUCGAUGGUCCCCAAAAGCAUAAACACGACUACCUGAGCCAGCUAUUCUGUGUCCUCCAUGCAGAAGAGCACUUCCGCCGUGGCAAGCUCGACGGCUCCAAAGACGUGUCUGUUAAUGGCAACACUAAACCUAUAGACCACGACAAUGAGGAUUCCAACGUCUCGUCAGAGCAGCUCCACCAAGCACCAUUCUUCCCUACCCCGCCACCCUCGCUCUCAUCGCAUCCAAUCACAAACGCUCUUGAGUUUGAUAGCAAACUGAGUGCAACGAAUGUCAGUAUGACAUGA